CGCGACAGCUGCAAAGCAACUGGACAAUAGAAAAAAAAAGUUGGUUGGGAUGCAUGUGCCGCCCAAGCUCCCUGGUUGUUGACUUUAUUCGUAAGGUCACCCUUGCUCGCCGCAUCCGUUACACAGUACCUGUCUCGUCGCCCUCGCAGCUGUCGUGCGCCAGCACCAGGAGCGUCGCUCGACUGACUGAUUGAUCCUUGGUGCUUUCUCUUCCUCAUCUUCUUGUGCUUGGGGUUUGUUUUGGUAUUGUACACGCGCAAGCCUCGGCUACUACAUUAAUUUGUCCAGUAGCUUCCACCCUUCAAUUCGCUAUCCCAUCAAUCCUAUCGAUACUCUCGGCGACCUCGACCGUGCUGAAGCCUUGGCGGGCGCAAAACAACACACCACACGACCCGUUCACCACUUCGCGCCUUGUUGGCUCUUCUCGCUUUGUUGCCUUGACCGAAUGCGGCCCCCAACAACCGGCUUCUGACCGACGACGACGACGACGACGGCGACGGACGCUUGCCACCCUCGGACCGAUCCUGCGUGGUUGCGGCCUCGCGCUUGCGACGACUCGAUAGCGCUUUUCUGGGCGUCGCGACAGCACCCGCCCUCCGGCACCCUCGCCGCCCACGAAACAUCUUGCGCCCCGACGACGACCAGCGCUAACGGCCACCGCCAACGGGCGACAGCGCCGUCUGCGCUUGGGAUCCCGGCCAAUCCCACGAUAAUAAUGACUUCGCCGGCGCGCUCGCCCCCAUGCCACCUAAAAACUUGCUAUCCGGACGCGAUGGCAGAACAACACCAUCUCCCGCCUCGCCUUCGCGACGGGACCAGAUCUACUCCGAGGAUGAUAUCAAAGUCAUGUUCCUUACCGUCAAGCGCGGCCAGCAAAUCCAGCUCGAAGACACUAAGGGAAACCAGACUGGCGUCUCGGCCCUGUUCGUGGCCGCCGACGAAAUCUUUCCAAAGCAUAACCUCUCUCCCGAUGACCCAAAGAUGUCGUCCCUCCUCUUCAAGAUCGGCUCGAAGCGAGGUGUUUCGGAGAACCUGCUUGAGAAGUUCCGAUCCGUCCUAGAUAGCAUGGGAAUCGAGGUGACCAUCGAUGGCGAGCUUUUCACUGGCGUCGAAGAUGUGGCCCAUCUUUCAUCACCAGUUCGGGUUGCGCGCUCGAUCGUGUCCGUCACCACGCCCUCCUCCGUCUCCACCAACAUUGGGCGGCGCGCCGUGUUGCCCAUCCCUACAAACUUUAAUGGACGCCGACGCCGGAACUCUGAUACUACCGCGACGGAAGCCCUCGAGAACGUGGCGCCGUACACCGUACCUCCUCGCAGACGUGCCGCAUCGCUGCUAUCCUCGCCAACCUCUACCGAGAGGCCACCUCUUACCGCCCUGCCGCCGAGUCUGGGUCAAAAGGAGCUCCCGAUACUGUCUAAGUGGCUCUUAGAAGCAGGCGCUCAGCCUGGACCAGUGCUGCAUGCCGAUGGCCCUAACAGGCCUGGGAAUCUCGGCGGAAGUAGGCUGCGACGCGCACUAUCGAUUGGCGACUCAUCACUCGACGCCGAUGAGGUCGUGCCCGACCUCUCAGGCGCAGAGGAUGGCAUGGAUGGCAAUUACGAGGGUUAUCAGGCAAGCCCUAACCAGCUGCCACUGCGGCCUGGCAGCCCAGUGCCUCCCGAGGACGUGUCUCAAGAGGCCGACGUCUCACGAAACGGCGAGACAGCCGAAAGCGGAGCCUUCGGUGCGGAUCGUGGUAAUCCUCGGGGCCAACUCCAGCCGAGCCCCAUGUCUCCGUCUCCGCCUCGUAGUGGUGGCGGCGUCAGCCGUGAUGGAGGCUCCAGGCACAACCCUGACCUUCUCGGCUACCUCUAUCGUAGCCAUCCUGAGGGGCAAAGACAACCCCCAUCCUACGCCGCCGUCUCUAAUGCUCCGCAGGCCAACAUGCCGAAACCAUCUUGGCUGCAACCACAUUUCGACCGUUUGACAACUCAAGGCGCUGCUGUAUUACCACUUAGCGAGUCACGGCUAGAGGACCUGGAGUUGAAGGUCCGCAUGGUUGAGGGCCGGCAGGUUCAAGCAUCUUUGGCUGAGUGGCGGGAGAGUUACGAAAAUCUCAUGGCGUCUGUGCAUGGCAUGAACACAUGGGCCUUCACACUUGAGCGCCGCUUUCUGCUGACCAGGACUUUCAAGCUCUGGCGCGGGCACACAUGGAAAGCCAUUGCCGAAGGCCUGGAGCAACGCCAGCGGGCUGCUGAUGCGGCUAAGGAGGAGGCCGAGGCCAUCAGGAGGGAGGCCGAGAUAAUAAGGCAAAAUGCCGAGACUGCCAGACAAGAAGCGGAGGCUGCGAUACGCAAGGCAGAGUCGGCAAGACGAGAGGCCGAGAACGCCCGGCUCCAUGAGCGAAUGAUGAGGCGUGCGGCCCGGGCAGCUGAUCUCUCGCUUCUGCACAAGGCCUUUACCCACUGGAGAGCUGCCGCGAGCCACGAGGCAGAGCGCACCGAGAUCGCGCGGAGGCACCUGCUAAGGAAGAAGGUGUUCGUCGCGUGGUCGGAAAAGGUUUCUGCCGAUCGCACCAAAGUGAAGGCCUUCGCUGCUACGGGGCUUCUCGGCGCGUGGAGCAACGCCCUGGAGCAGCACCGAGAAGUCAAACGGUUCUCGGCCCAGAUGUACCCUGCCGACCUCGCGAAACGAUGCUUUACAAAAUGGCGCCGGGAGUACCAAUCCUGCGCCGCUGAGCUCUGGUACUCGGUGCGCCUCGCUGAGGACUGUGUUCACAAAUGGAAACACGAGACCAGUCUGUGCAGGGGUCUGCAUGCAGCCGCCGAGGCAGAUGCCGUCCACUCUCUACGCGCCAGCUCGAUCGGCGCAUGGAGAAGUAUGAGCGCGGAAACGAAGGCGUCGACAGUGGAGGCCUCGGAUCGCCUAGAGAAGCGCCAGCUGUCAGGCCUCCUCAGCACCUGGCAUACACAAGCCAUGCUCGAGUCCAGGCUGAGGAGAGCGCUGGUCUCCCGAGAGGAACGCAUCAAGACGGAAUCCUUGCACGUUUGGAAGUUGAACCUCCAGGCGGCCGGGACGCAGAAGCAAGCCGCCCAACGGCGGAGCAUCCAGGGGUUUGCGCGGCACUGGGUCCUUGAGCUCGAGCUGAAGCUGUUUAGGGAGAAUGUUGACAGUCUCACUCUACUUUCUUCGACCUAUCAGUGGGUGCUCGAGUCGAGGUCGAAGCUCGUCCGGAGGUUUAACCGGAAAUCAACGCAGAACUCGGCACUUCUGAACCUGCGGGCGGAAUACGCCAAGGAGAAGCGCAGGAGAAAAGAACACCAGGCACUGGCCAAGCUAUGCUACAAGGCCACAAUCGCGGAUGCAUUUAUUGGCGCCAUGAGCAGGCAGCUCGGAGAGAGCCAGUGGAUGGAGGAGGAAGCGCGAAGGGCGGACUCUGCGCAGGUGACGGCGCAGGCGGUGCAGGGAUGGGCGGCGCAGACGGCGGAACACGAAGAGAUGGAGGACGCGGCCCAACGCGGUGCCUUUUAUGUCGGUGCCAUCAACUGUCUCCACGCAUGGCCACGGCUUGCCAAGGCGGCACGCCAGGAGAGGCUGAGGUUGACGUACCUGGCAUUCCGGCGGAACAUGAAGAUCGAGCGCCGAGCCGGCUGUCUGGCCGUUUGGCGGGAGGCCACAUACAAUAGCGCUGUGACCGCCUGGGAGUUUGAGAGAAGGCGACAGGAGCAGCUGCUGGACGAGAUGGUCGACUGGCUGAACGACUGGAUCGGCGAGACAAAUCGCAUGAUCGGCAUGGGCCAGACCGCCGUCGAGGUCGGGACGGAGGCGGCAGUGGGCGCAUGGCGUGGCGCAGCGUCCAGGCUUGAGGCCACGUGGUCUGACGCCGCCGCCUACGAAGCAGAGGCGGUUGCGACAGCCAGGCUCGAAGACUGGGAGCUCCGGCUCGUCACGAUACGAGGGCGGGAGCACACGGCCUCUGGGCUGGCCGAGAAGAACCGCAAACGCCUCGCACGACAGGCUCUUGGCUUCUGGCUCGGCCAGCUCUCGCAGAUGCGCGGGGGCAGCGGCGAACAGGAGGCGGCUCUCAGUGGCGGCAGGACGCCCCUGCGCUCGAGUCUACGCCGGAGCCAGGCUGCCACAGCCCCACCCGCCUUUGCUUCCUCUCCGUUCUUCCCCCCAAGGCGCGAAGGCGGGCCGAGACAAACAGACGAAGCACCACCCCCAACCGUCCGGCCUCGCGACCAACGCCCCCCGAGGCCGCAUUCCCAGCCCGACCUCGGGUACUCUUCCACCGCUAUGUCGUUGGAUUCUCAGGCACAUCAGAGACAGGCCUCGAACAACGCCUCACUGGGGGGCUCCUACCGCCAACCUAAGCCUCCUGUCCGACUCGGGGCUGGUCGUUUCUCUCAAAGCACCUCCGGGCCGUACACACCCCAACCGUCGCAUCAACAACAACAGCAACAACAGCAACAGCAACAGCACGGCUACCCGUAUACCACCCUCGCCGGAGCCCGAGACUCGAUCCUAGCGCCAAUAUCGGAGCGGUCCGAGGGCUCAAGCCGCGCCCAGGCGUCGAUGCGCCACUCCACAACCGACAGCAACAUGGGCCCCAGCGCAGACCGGCUGCGGUCGUUCCGGGAGAAGCUCGCAUCCGCAUCGAGAUUCGCAGACUCGUUGGCUGAGUUUGACGAUAACGGCGAUGACGAUGAUGACAACGAUGGCCGGGCUCCCAGCAGCAACUCGCGGGCGUCCAGGGCGGCCGGCAAGGCGCCAAUGACGGCAGCUACCCGUCCACCACCCGUAGUCAUGGACACGCCCACCAGAUGGACCGGCAUGCCCACGUCGCUGGCGCCGAGCAGACGCGGAGACCCUGGGCCUACGACGACUCCAAUGGCGCCCCUGCCGUCGCCAGUAGAGAGGCAGCUGCGCAGGGAGUACGCCCCGUCGGCAACGAUGCCGCUACCAGCCUCGUCCUCGGCCCGCGGCGGCGGCAUCGCGCGCCCCAACAAGCUGGGCAGGUCGUGGGCGGGCCGGCCGCCACGCGUCACCUUUAGCGGCGUCGACCAGGAUAGCGACGGGGAGAGCUUGGAUGACGGUAUGUAAAGGACGCCAUGAAAAUAUUUCGUGGCUGGCUGCCGAGAUAUGUGAUAUUGCAGGCGGUUAGUGGUGUUUUUGUAACAUGGGGGAUUCGGCAUGACGAUAAUGGAAUGGCCGGGGAGGACUCUUCGAGGUGGUCUAUUCGUCUGUAUUUUGCUUGGGUCGCACAGCAAGACGGAGCAAGGUGUUACGGAACAUGGAUGGUCACAUUUGGUCCUUGUUUUUUCGGCUUCUUCUAUCUAUUUCUUUUCUUGUUCUCGCUCUGAAUGCCCUGCCUGUUCUUGUUUUAUGCCCGCAAAGUGGCUUAGUUUUCUUCUCUUCAGUUCUCUUUUCCCUUUUUUUUUUUGGCCUAUAGGGGCGGGCAUGGCGUCUUAUGUGGAUAGGCCGGCGGCACGAACUCGCGGAUUUUGUUUGGUUCGUUCAAUCUAUACCCCCCUUCUCUGUUCACACCA